AUUUGCUCCGUGGCAUCAACCGCGUGUUUAAAGCGGCAUUAUGGCGAUGAACUCUGUCAGCAUUUAAGUUUUGCGUGGACUUAAUUUUUUUAAAGAAAUUAGUCUGACAAGUUUUAAAAAUUAACAACAUUAAUGUGAAUACAUUCCCCAAUGUACGUUUGUUCACUUUGGAAAUGUGUGAUAUUUGUUCAGACGUCAUCGAACUCCUUCAGAGAUAUGAAAAUGAAAUCAAAAAGGGAGAACUUCGAUAUUUGUAUAGACCAGAAAUGAAUACAUUAUGUGCAUAUCUUCAGACGUGGAUACAAAGACAAUGCACUUGUUGUUUUAAGGAUCCGAAAAAUUUUGACAGGUUCAAUGCAUUAGUGCAAGGUUUGGCUUUGAGUAUAAUAGAAAUUUUACAACAAAUAGUUAAAGAUAUUAAAGUAUUGAAAAAUGAACAACCACCCACUCUUAGUAUUGCAAAAACUAAUGAACCUAAGAAGAUUGCAUCUGAUGGUGAAAAUAAGGAAAAAGACUCCAAAGAAAAAGAAAAAAUUAAUAGUAGCUCUUCGAAAGAAACGGAAAAAGAAUCGACAGAGUCAAAUACAAAUAUGUGUGCAAAGAAGGACUUUUCAUCUGAGGAUUGGAGUUCGUGGAGUUCAGAAGACAGAGAAAAAAUAAUUUGUAUAUUCUCAAAAGUCUUUCUUUUAAAUUUUCCUUUGUAUGUUGCUUUCAAACAUAGCCUGCAAUCAAAAAUAGAUGAUAUGGAAAUUCCUGUGUAUUUGCUUCGUAAUGUGUGCUUCUUUUGUGAUAAAGGUGGUGUACAAUUACUUAUUGCUUGCUUUCAAGAAUCAGAUCCUGAGAUUCUACCUAUGACUUUAGCUCAUGCAAUGACAACAAUAAUGUCAAAUCUGAAACUAUGGAUGAAUAUAGGUUCUCUAAUGCAACAACUAGUCCAGCUUCGUUCUUGUAUGAUAAAAUAUUUAUGUCAGGUGAAGGAUAGUCAUUUAAGAGCUGUGGGACAUCGCAAUAUGUUCGAAUUCAUGUGGACUGCUGUGAAGGACCCUCUUGAUGGCCAUGCCACCUUUGAUAAAGAAGGAUUGGACUUAGCCUUUAAAUACUUCAGCAGCUCUACUCUAACCAUGAGGCUUGCUGGUAUAUCUCAAAUCAAUAAUCAUAUCAAUGUGUAUAAUGAACUUUGCCAUAGUGAAAGUUUGGUGGAGGCUGAGAGCAUUGGGAAUGCUUUAGCCAAUUGGUUAAUAGAUAAUAAAAUAAUCGAAUGCAUCUUUGGUCCAAAUCUUCAUGUUGAGUUAAUUAAGCAAAGCCAUAUAAUUCUAAACUUUCUUGCAAUGGAAGGAAGAAUUACUAAUGAACACAUAGAUGCUGUGUGGUCAGCCGCUCAGUUAAAACAUUGUAGCCGUCAAGUAUUAGAUUUGCUACCUCCUCUAAUUAAAAACUUAGAAGUAGCUCCAGUGUUACAUCUAUACAAAUUAUUGUGCAAUGUUGAAACAAAAGAACAAACUGAACAGACAUUACUUCUAGCUUCAGCUUUAAUAAAAUUCAUAUGGUCAAAUGGAAAUACAUCAAGUGGCAUGAUUGUUUCCGAAAUUGGCGAUCAUUCAAAUGCUCACAGCCCCUUCUCUGUGCUCAUGAAGGGUUCACUACAUUUGGGCGGAACUGGCAGUGACAUCACAGGUUUAAUUAGAAAAAGAGAAGCCAGCAGCAGUGAAAGAAGUGUAAGUAUUGAAGCAAGCAACAGUGAAGAUGAGCGUAGUGAUGUCCGCCAUGUUCAUACUGCCAGUGAGUUGGAUAGCUCACAAGUUAGUGAUCGACCCAGGAGUAGUAUUGAAGGUAGUGAACAUACUGGUGGUAGUCCCUCAAGCAGUCCAUGUGAUGUUGAUCAACAUAAACAGUUGCUAAAACAUGCACAGCGAAAGCGUAAUACUUCUCAGAGGCAUCAAAAUGGCAGAAAAUGGCGGCAGACAUGCCGAGGACGUGUCAGACCAACUGUGUUUGUUGAAAAUAAAAACCAGUUUGUCGAAAAUAGCUCUAGUGGGGAGGAAAGUGAAUUGAGCAGUGUCACAGAUGACAGUAUGCAUAGUGAUACAGAUCCUGGUGAGUGUUCUGAAGAGCCUCUUUUAGACAUGCCAAUUGGCAAACCACCUCAUCUUCUAGAGAAUUCAGAAGACUCUGGAAGGGAGUGUAAUAAACCGUGCAAUAUAUGGAAUCGUAAAAUGAUAAGAAGAAAAAGGGCUAGAUAUGUAGUUAAUAAGAAACAAAGUCGCAUAAAAAAGAGGCAAACAGUUCCUGUAAUUAAAGCUGAACUUUCCGAAGAGAGUAUUGAAAACUGUAAUCCUAAUUCUGUUAUACACGAGACUUCUCCUGUGAGGUGUGCGACACCUGUUAAAGAUGGUGAAAGUGAUUGUAAAAAGUUUAUAGGAAAUUCUGGAAGUCAUAAGCAUAGUGACUUGCCACAAACUAAUGAUAAAAAACAUUUGCAUCGACCAGCUGCUCCUGAGAUUUUACCAGAACUUGUAAAAGCUGUGUUAGAUCGAGAUGAAAAUCUCUCCGGGUUUAAUGAAAAUGUGGAUAGUGAUAUGUAUGAUUGUCGGCAGUAUCUUGCCAACCUAAGGCCUCAGCAUCAUGUUCCUGUUCCUGGUGAUUUAGUUGAAGACAUUUUAAGUCCUGAUGAUGGAAGCUGCAACAGUUCUCAUGUUAGUAACAAAUCUGAAAAGAACUUGGCUGAUUUUGAUGGUGAAGAAUCCGGCUGUGAAGAUGAACUUGCACAACUUGCUGCUCAUGCACAAGCUCAACUCAAUACACAUCCAAUGACUCAAAGACUCACAAAUAUGGCUUGCAUGUAUACUCCUCAAUUACAUGGAAGUAAACACUCUCAUCAUUUCAUUGGACGUUCACCUCGAGAAGUUCGACAAGCAAUAAAUCAUUUUGAGCUUGAUUCAGUGUGUGAACCUGGUCAAACAUUAUUAUGGGAUAUUUUACAGGAUGACAAGAUAGGUCAAUUAGGUGAAGGUUUAGCUGUUGAAGCAGAAAAGAUUCUUUGCAAUCUUGUCUGUUGGUCAACAGAUAAAAUGAUUAGAAUGAAAUUCAUAGAAGGCUGUUUACAAAACAUCGCAAAUAAUAGAUCUGUUAUUAUUUCUAUGCGCUUAUUACCAAAGUUGUUUGCAUCUUUUCAACAAUUUAGAGGAAGCAGUGAUACAUAUUCUGUGACUCUUUGGGCAGAGAAAGAACAUAAAAUGAUGAAGCACUUCUUCAAUAAUCUAGUUAAUUAUACUUCAAAUAAAAGUUGUAUCAAAUCUAUGUAUUCUCAUAAAGAUGAAAUUCAAGUUCGUUUACAUUUUCUUACUUGUGUUUUUUCUACUGCUGGUUCACCAGAGAGUUUUCGUUUAAAUCAUGAACAAGUUGACACAUUAUGGCAGUGUUUAGCUAGAGAUCCAGAAUGUGCAGAUGAACUAUUUGGUUGGCUUUUAAAUCAAGCCAAAGGGAAAGAGCAACAUGCAUUGAGCAUUUCUCUUUUCAAGCAUAUUCUUCUAGAAAAAAUGCCUCAAUUACCACCUGAGUCUAUCAGUAUGAUGGCUUUAAAUCUUCUUCAGCAAUUAAGUAGCAUAGCUCAUUUGGCCACUGCAUCAUAUGAUACACCAUCUUCUGCAGCAGAUGUCAGUGGAAUGAGGCAGCUAUGGAGCAUUGCUCUUCGUGCUCUCAAUACUGAUGUCAGUAUGGCAGCCAUUCAAUACCUAAACAAUUAUUACAUAAAUGUGCAUCAUGGGACUUUAGAAAAAGAAGAAGAAUUUAUAGAACAAUGCAUGGAAAGCCUGAUGAAAGCCACUUCAAAUCAGUCACCUGAGGCUGAAGAAAACAAUCUUAUGAUUAUACAGCGAGCCCUUCUUUUAUUGAAAACACAUAUUGAGGCUUUCAGAAGGCGGUAUGCUUACCAUUUGAGAAGAUGGCAGCUUAAUGGCCAAGGUGUAAGUAGCCAUAGAUGUAGCAUGGGUGAAAAACAGGCUUCUCCAUUAAGAAUAAUAUGCCAGCCAGCUGGCUUGUCAGAAAAAACAACAAUUGAAUUACAAAACUGUGAUACUAUAGCUGAUUUAAGAGCUGAAGUUACUCAGUGGUGGGAACAACUACAAGCAAAACAUAAAAAAGACAGUAUUUUGGACACAAAAGACAAUGUGCCAUCAGUUAAUGGAACAUCAAAUGGUAAUGUUUGUCCUAUAUUAGGAACAAUGUUAUCUGAUGGUCCCAUAAGAAUGAUUUCUCAAGGUCAAGAACUGACCUGUGAUUUAGAUGAGAAAACUUUAGCAGAGAUUGCAAUCAAAGAUCAUCAAUUGGUUUUUGUAUCUGUCGGAGCUCCUCGUCAAUCUCGACGUCGUGAAGGUUUAGAACCUGCAUCAACAUUGCCUCCACCACCGAGAGAAAGAUUGCCUGUUAUACUUUUACUUAAAUCAUCUUACUUUGAACAACUUUUUGGUCUUAUGCAGCAUUUAGGUUCUUUUAAGUCUGUUUCCGAAGAGGGGAAAACUUUGCCUCAUACAAAGGCCCAGGUUCUUUCCAGAAGGGUUUGGGAAAUUCUUAUGAUGCUUCCUACUUCCCCAACUAUGUUAAAAGCUUUCAAAGAUAUAAGUAAAGUCUCUAAUUCUGAUGACUCACAUUCUCACAGCACUUUACAGUCACUAUUAGAUCCUAAAAGUCCCCAAAAAUUAAUGUAUUCUUUACAAAUAGUUGAUUCUCUAUGGCAAAAUAAAGGUUCAGAACUAUUAAAUCCACUUGGAGAAAAACCAUUCACUGAACAAACUAUUGAAAAAAAUGCUUUACCAUGGUCUAAAACAUUUAUUAAAUGUGGCGGGCUGAAUCAUUUAUUCAAUAUCUUCAUGUCUGGUGUUCUGCAGACUUCUGAAGAUGGUGACUGGACUGAGUGGAACCAAGAUUGUAUUGCUUGCUUGUUACGUCUUAUCUAUCAAUUUGGAGUUGAGGGUAGUGAGGAUGAUUGUACGAGUGGUGAUAGUGAAGUUCCCAGGAAGAGAGUCAAAAGAACUAGGAAAGGCAGUAGUGAUAAACUUCUGAUACCAAAACUGAAUAAGGUUAUGCUGAAAAUUAUGAGUGACACAGAAUCUGUGUUGAAAGCAAUUCUUACUUUGUUGUCUGAAGCUGCAUCUCCUUGUGACCCAAACCAAUACAAAACAGGCUUUUGGGGUCGAGCUCAAAUUGUCUCAUGUGCCAUGACAUUAUUAGUAUCUUGGGCAUUUUCUGAACCGCAAGUCCGUGCUCAUUUAUUUCAAUAUUCUGAAUUGGAUAUAUUAUUAAAGAGACUAGUACUUGAUGACCCAGAGCCUUCUUUGAGAAGAGAAGCUUGUACUGGAUUUUACAGACUGUGUUUAGGCUCUAAUACAGAUGGUGAUACUGGUUAUCAAUUUGUUGCCCCUUUAUUAAGUAGCUUGUUAAGUUUUUUAUCUGUAGCCCAAAAUAUGAGACAACCGCGACCAGAUGAAGAAGAUAAAGAACCUUAUGGUCCUGGUUGUAAAGAUUAUUUUUGGUUAGUUUGCAGACUUGUUGAUAGCCUUGAUGAAAAUGCUCUACAAGAAAACAUUAAUGAUAAAUCUGCACUAGAUUUAGAAGGCUUAGCAAGGUACCUUGCAGAAUCCAUUACAGAUCGUGAUUAUCGGGAAACGAGACACAAUACUAUUGAAGAUGAUGGGUUAAGAGGUUUAAUUAAUUUGAUGACAGUUGUCAUGAAGCAUAAUCCAUCUUUCAAAUGCUCUUCUGAAGGAAAAGAUUUGGUUCUUCACAUCUUCGAUGCUUUGUUUGCUCUUCCGAAUCCGAAGCAAAGACAUUUACCAAAAUGUAAAUCUCCUUCUGUCCGUUCUGCAGCUUAUGAUUUAUUAGUUGAAAUGCUUAAAGGAUCAUUCGAAAAUUAUCAAGUUCUUCAUGAAAAGCUUCUUUUACAACAUACGCCAGAUUCUCACAAUCCUUAUCCUUGGGACUAUUGGCCACAUGAAGAUGGUCGAGCUGAAUGUGGUUAUGUAGGUUUAACAAAUUUAGGUGCUACUUGCUACCUGGCAUCUUGCAUUCAACAUUUAUAUAUGCUUCCUCAGGCAAGAGCUACUAUUUUGUCUGCAAAGAUUGGUGAAAAUGGCAAACAUGAAAGUACUUUAAAGGAACUCCAGCGGAUGUUUGCUUAUUUAUUGGAAAGUGAAAGAAAAGCAUACAAUCCUCGUGGUUUCUGUAAAGUUUAUACUAUGGAUCAUCAAUUAUUGAAUACAGGAGAACAAAAAGAUAUGGCUGAAUUUUUCACUAAUCUUAUCAGUAAAUUAGAGGAGAUGUCCCCCGAAUUAAAAGAAAUGGUGAAAACAUUAUUUUGUGGUGUUGUAUCAAACAAUGUAGUGUCAUUAGACUGUCCCCACAUAAGUCGAACAUUAGAAGAGUUUUACACUUUACGUUGUCAAGUGGCUGAUAUGAGAAAUUUAUUUGAUUCUAUUGAUGAAAUAACUGUUAAGGAUACACUUGAAGGUGAUAACAUGUACACAUGCUCACAGUGUGGGAAAAAAGUUAGAGCUGAAAAAAGGGCAUGUUUAAAAAAGUUACCGAAGAUUUUAUGUUUUAAUAUGAUGCGUUAUACAUUCAGUUUUGUCACAAACACAAAAGAAAAGGUUAAUACACAUUUCUCAUUCCCAUUUCAACUUGACAUGUCAAAUUAUAUGGAAAAGAAUCUUAUUCCACAACAACACAUUGACAAAGAAGAAAAUAGUGGUACUGAAUCUGAUGAUGAAUGUUAUGAAUAUGAGCUUAUUGGUGUUACUGUUCAUACUGGAAAUGCUGAAGGGGGGCAUUACUAUAGUUUUAUUCGGGAGCGAAAUCAACCUGGGAAAGACAAAUGGUAUUUAUUUAAUGAUUCUGAAGUGAAAUUAUUUGAUCCAACACAUAUUGCUGGAGAAUGUUUUGGAGGAGAAAUGACAAGUAAAACUUAUGAUUCUGUCACUGAUAAGUUUAUGGAUUUUUCAUUUGAGAAGACAAAUAGUGCCUACAUGCUUUUUUAUGAAAGAAUGAGUCCCAAGGAUUCCAAUGUCGAACAAUCUGCAAGUAUAAAAGAAAAUUCAUUAGUAAACAGUGAAGACCAUUCUCCUCAAAUUGAGCUUUCUCCUGAAUUAGCGGAGUGGAUUUGGCAAGAUAACAUGCAAUUCCUCCAGGAUAAGAGUUUGUUUGAACAUACUUAUUUUGACUUCAUGUGGCAAAUUUGUAGUUAUAUACCUCAAACUUUAUCUGGACACAAUGAUAUUAUACUAUUAUCAGCAAAACUUGGUACUUCAUUUGUUUUGGAAACAUUAAUUCAUGCUAAAGAAAAGCCAACUAUUGCUCAGUGGAUCGAACUGUUAACAAAACAGUUUAAUGCUAGUCAACCAGCAUGUGAAUGGUUUUUAGAUCACAUGGCUGAAAAUAAUUGGUGGCCUGUGCAAAUAUUAAUAAAAUGUCCAAAUCAAAUUGUUCGACAACUCUUCCAGAGAUUAUGUAUUCAUGUGAUAACUCAACUAAAGCCUCUUCAUUCUGCAAUGUAUCUUCAACCGUUUUCUGAUAGUGAUGAUUCAUCUGAUGGUGAUAUGUCUCAAAUAGGCCAGUAUUCCUGUGUGACAAGGUUCAUUAGGAAACUUCUUACUCUUAUUGAACAUGGUGCUAAACAACAUCUGAAACAUUUAACUGAAUACUUUGCUUUUUUAUUGGAAUUUGCUAAAAUGGGAGAAGAGGAGUGCCAAUUCUUACUUUCUAUUGAAGCUAUUUCAACCAUUGUAAAUUUCUACCUGGGGCAAAAGGCCUCUGAUUAUGUUGAAGUCUUGUCUGAUGAGGAAGAGGAUGAAGAUGAUGAAGUUGUUUCUGCUGUAGAUGAUAAAUACAAGCCUGCUUCUCUUGAAAAAAUGAUUUCUCUCAUAGCAUUGUUGGUUGAAAAGUCAAGAGAUGAAGAAAGACUGCAAUUAUCUCAUAAUGACUACAAUGCUGUUGCAGGGGGGAAAGGCUUUCCGUUCCUUUAUCAACAAAUUCGCGAUGGUAUUAAUUUGAGACAAACGUGCAAUCUAAUCUUCAGUUUAUGCCGGUGGAAUGAUGCUCUAGCUGUGAUGAUUGUAAAUAUGAUUUUCACUGCCAUUACUAAACAGCAUGAGGUUAGACAUUUUUCUUCUGACCAUUUGAAUGCUUCAUUUUUCAAACUUCUGUCUAUGCUUGUGGAAUUUGUUGGUGGACCACCUGGGCUACCACCAUUUACCAAUUUAAUUCUUCAAAGGAUAUGGGAGGCUGCAGAUUAUUGUCCUCAGCAGUGUAUGGAGUGGUUGACUCUUCAAGUUCCUCGAAAUAAAAUAGCUCAUACUUGGGUACUACAGAGUAUGGAUAGCUGGGUUGAAAGAUUUCUAAUGGCUCAUAAUGUUCAACGUGUCCGAAAUGUGGUUGCUCUUCUUUUAGUAUCCUUAGUUCCUAGUAAUAAUUUUCGCCAAGCUUAUCGUGCUGCCCGAAGUGUCCUGAUGCCACAUAAGGAAAUUGUUAUGAGCCCUGAAGCUACAGAAGUUAUGCAUAAAAUAUAUGAUCUUCUGUUGCGGUUACUGAAACGUGCAAAGAUGUAUGUUGAUCCAGCUGUUCAUGGUACAACAAAGCUGACUUCAUACUUUGCAGUUAUGACAUACUGUUUAGUUAGUAAAACGGAAAAGCUAAUGUUCAGUCCUUAUUUUCUUGAUCUUUGGAAUUUAUUUCAACCUAAACUAUCUGAACCUGCAAUACCUGUUCAUAUGAAUAAACAAUCACUGCUGCUGUUUUGGUAUCAUGUUUGUAUUGAUUGUCCAGAAAAUGUAAAACUUAUCAUUCAGAAUCCUCAUGUGACUAAAAACAUAGCUUUUAACUACAUUCUUGCUGAUCAUGAUGAACAAGAAGUUAUAGUCUUCAAUCGAUGUAUGUUGCCAGCCUAUUAUGGACUUCUUCGUCUUUGUUGUCAACAGUCACGUCCUUUUACUAGGCAGCUUGCCAGCCAUCAGAACAUUCAGUGGGCCUUCAAAAAUAUUACACCAUACACCACACAGUAUAAUGCUGCUAUCAGUGAACUAUUCAAACUGAUGAAAUUAUUUGUUACGAAAUAUCCUGACUCAUCAGAACAAGAGUUGAGAGAGAUUCAUCACUUUAAGCGAACGACACUUAGGCUAUAUCUUGGUGUUUUAGAUGCUCGAGCAUGCUGGUCAACUUUAAUUAAUGUUUUACGUAUACUAGUUGAAACUACAGAUGACAGAAUAUUUGUCAUUUAUAACAAUGGAUUACCUUUGCUAUUUCAAGCUUUCUAUACCCUUCAUAUGAUGUACCACGAAGCUACAGCAUGUCACGUGACUGCUGAUAUGGUGGAUUUACUAGCCAUUGUGCAAGAUCUUUUGAAAACAGCAAGAGCUAACAGAGAUUCCCUGGAACUUCACCAAUGGUUGGCUUCAUGGAAAGAUCAACCAGAUAUUAUGCGAAAAUUAUUGACAUUGCUCAAUUCUUUCACACCACCAGAGUUAAGGCAAAUAUGUAUAGAAGUACUGCAGGAAAUGGUCUUACUUUAUCCAAAUGAAAGUUUAUCUACAUUGGUUCCUUUACUUGCCAGCUGUCAUGCCAGUUUUCAAGAAAGUAAUUCUCCAGCUAUUGUUCUAGGUGGCACUGGCCCUUUCUUUCCAAGAAGAGGUCAGAAGCUGUUACCUACUAAAACAAGUGUACGCCCUCCUAGACCUGUUGUCCAAAUGUUCCUACAUGCCAGUCAGCUGGAAUCUGCAAAAGGAGUUGAUGAAGACUAUGACCACCAGUUGAUUGAUUUUUAUUUACCUUAUCAUCAGCUAAUUGAUAUGUUAUGUCGAGUUGCAAUUUCAAAUGAAUGUAUAACUGCUGAUCUUGUCAGUUUAAGUGCAAUGCUUGCCAUAGAAGGAGUCCCAUUGCAUUUACCAGUAUUUCCUAAGUUGUGGUUAGAUAUUAUUCAUUCUGAGGUUGGACAGGAAUUCAUUCAACUUCUAUGCAAUAGCAGUUAUUUUAUUGAUUAUUUAGAAUCGGUCCUUUUAGAUGAAAGAGCAUGUUUAAAUCAUCCUCUUAUAUUUCAGCUGUUUUCUAUUUUAUUGCCCAAAGUUUCUUCUCAAGUUGUUAAUGACCAAAUGCUAACAUUAGUUUCAUCACUGAUGACAUCAUUUGUUAAAUCAUUUGAUGAAAAUAAUUUAUCAAAACAACCUUACAAACUAAAUGGAGAUUUAAGAGCUUUAUGUCUCAUCUUUUCUGUGGAGCAACCUCACGAAGUUCCUAAAGAAUUUAUUAAAACUAUGCAUCGUUUGAUUGAACAUUGUGAUCAACUAACUAAAACAGAAAACUGCAAUUCAUCUAAUUGUAAAGAAGAUAAAGAAGUUAAAAAAGACGGUGAGGUUUCUGAAAAGGUUGCAGAUGACAUUAAAAAUGAAAAUCAGCAGUCACCAACAACAUCUACUGAUUAUCAUCCAGCAAAACGUCAACGAUUGGGGUCUUUUGAUAAAGAAUUAUCAUCCGUUAGAAGUGAAAGUAACUCUCCUACUAAAUCAUUAGACGAAAAGAAAAUUUUGCAACCUGAACUGUACGACUCUUUUAUAGUGCCACCACUUUCCUCAUCUCCAGCAAGAUGGGCUGAAAUACUUCAUAAAUCAGCUUCAACCUUAGUUUCUAUACUUCAGGGAGACAGCUGAGACUAGAAAGAAAUUAGGACUAUAAAAUAACUGCUGUAAAAGUGUAAACGAAAAGAAUUUGAGUGAUAUGCUCAAAAAUGUGGCAAGUUAUGUAUCUGUGAUCUCAAGCUACAGCCAUUCCAAACUACAAAUACUCAAAAAUAAUAUUUGGAGUAGCUUGACAUUCUGUCCUAUUAAAAGUAUAUAGUUGAUUAUGGACUUUAAAAGGGAUUUUCAUCAAGCCAAAGACCUUGCAUUCAUCUCUACACAAAGAGCAUGAGCAAAUGCAGUUUUUGAUGCAAGUUUGUGCAGCAGAAAACUUUAGAGCCAAAGGACUGCACCAUCAUGCUUUGUUCUCUAGACCUAGGAGAGUGUAAAAAUUCUUUGUAAAUUAAAAAAAAAAGAAAAAGGAAAAACAAAGUUUUGUCAUUUUACAAUCACCAGCUAAAAGAAAAGCAAGGGAAAAAAAUGUUUUUAUCAUGUCAUGGUGACUUACAUAAACUAUCGAGCAUACAAAAUGAGAUUAUAAGUAUAUUUCAUUUUAAUGUUAAAUGUAAAAUAUAUGUUGUGCAUUUUUUUAAUUUUCAAACUCAUUUGUUUCGAAAGUUAUUUUAUCGAAAUCAACACCAUUUUCGCCAUUUGUAUUAAAUUUAAAAGCCCAGUUUUUUUUGUUUUGUUUUUCAAACAUCAAUAAAUGCAAGACUUGUUUUCUUUUACAGUAAAUUAGAAAUUAUGUAUAAUGUUUUGUAUAUAAAUAGGUGAAACUCAAAUGUGUGCAUUAUUUGCUGUAUUAAGAGGCUAAUGAUAUGUGUACAUAUUUUGCAUGAGCAGGUAUAUCAGGGAGGUGGUUUCCUUUCCUUUCCUCUGAUUAGCUGCUUGGAUGAUUUUGUGUGAUAAAAUUAGCCUAAAGUAAAUUUGAUAACAAAGCUUUUUAAUAUAUUAUGUUAUAAAUGAAACUUGUAAAUUAUGACUACUUAUGUUCUAAAAAUAAUUAUUUAAAGUGAAAAAAAUUAUAUAUUUUUAAUGAUUGAUUUUAUAAUGAUGUAUCUACAGUUUAGUUUAUAAAUGCCCAAAAUUUGUAAAGUUUCCCCAAAUAUUAAAAUUCUGUCAAAAAGAAUUGUUAUGAUGGAACACUUGUAGAUUGGUGUUGUAUUCUUAAAACCCUGGAAUUGGAAAUUUUUUUUUUCAGAAAAAAAAAAAAAAAAACAUUCAUCUACCUCAAGCUUUUAUCUAAUCUGUUUUUGAAUAGUAUUCACUCAGUUAUGUUUGCAGUUCCAAAUUAUUUUAAACGUUGAAAUCUCUGCUAUGUAUAUUUUUUUUUUUUUUUUUUGUCAAUGAAUUUUAUUUCAAACAUAAGAUCAGGAGUAAUUCCGUUUGAAAUUCUCUUAAUACUAUAACAAUAUCAAAAAGUCAUUAUCUAAUUAUAAUCAAAAAAUAAUUUAAUUUACUACAUUUUGUUGUCCUAAUAUUAGAUUUUAGAUAAAUAUUAGUUCAUUAAGGACAAUAUUUUAAUUAUUCAUUAUGUUUACUUCAAAACCAUUUACAUUAAUUGCUUUAUACAGUUUUGAAAAAUAUGCUUACACUAUUCAGAAAAUUACUGAAAAAUAUUCUUUGAUUUACAUCUAAAUUUGUUCAUCUUAUUAUUAAAAGGCUGCAUUUUCUAACUUGAUAUAACAAGCACAUUUGAAAUCUUUACCCCCCAUUUUCUCAAAGCCUCAAAAGACCAUUCUCACUAUUUAAAUUUAGGUUAUUUUCAUUCUAAAUAUCUUUCUAAGAGUUGUGAAAUAACUUAAAUUAUUUGAUACAUGUUUAUGAAUGUGAUAUUUAUGUUUUCAUUAUUUUAAUGCAUUAUUCAAAACUUAAUGCAAUAUUUUUAAAUGGUUUAAAUAAAAACUGUUAUACAGCUCA